CAAAUUUAGAUAAAAUUUACUCUUUUAUAUUUAUUAAUUUGUAUUAACUUGAUAUUUUUACAGUUCAAUUAUUGUAUUAUUACAUAAGCUCAGUUUUUGUAAGUUAUUAUUAAUAAUUUUUUUAAAACAAAAAAAAUGGAAACCAAAAUUAUUAAUGAACAGCUUGAAGAUAAGCAACAAAUAGUAAGUUUUCAGUUAUUUGUUUGAAAUAAAUUUAGUGUUUACUAUUUGGUUUUAUUACUAUGAACCAUAGUUUUUUAUUUAACUAUUUACCAUUAAAAUGUUCUCAUAAAUUUCAUGCAUAUAAAGAAUAAUUUAGAAUAUAGUUCCAUAGUGAUCUAUGUUCUCUAAGGUAGAGAUUUUUGUUAAAUAAUAUUACUUUGCAAAUUAAAAUUACAAUUUAUCAACAAUUUGUUAUAGAUGAUUAACAAAGUACUUACUAUUGUUUUACUAAAUUAGGUACAACAGGUAUUAAAUUUAAAAAAACAUUAAUUAUGACAUUAAACAUACUAGAGUAAAGACACCAGUGUAUGCCAGUUUAAGCAAUUAUAUAAUUUUAUACAACUCUAAAAAUAAAAAGGUUCAGAAUUUAGGCAACUUCAACAGAAAUAUAAAGCUUCAGUUAUGUACAAUUAUAAUAAAACCAGGAACGAGUAGGUAAGUUUUAAACAAAAAAAAAAAUUUGAAAAUGCUAAAUUCUAACUAAAAAAUACAUGAAACGGAAACUCGAACUUGAUGAAGUUUUUCCCAUAACUUACGAAAAAGUUCGUUCAACUUUUUUUAUCACAUUCUUAAUAUACACACAAAAACACACAUCUUGAAAAAAAAAAUUAUAAAAAUCGAUAGGUUGUCAAACUAGAAUUAUGCCUAAUAUCAUCUUAUACAUAUCAGAAAAAUAAUUCUACUAGUGUAUACCUCAAACAAAUUUUGUUGUUUAAUUUGUGUUAUAAUUCCUUAAAUGGUUUAUUCUAGUUGUGACAACAUAUACAACAUCUGAUUUCUUUAAAUUAAUGUUUAUAGAUUCUAGUGGCAUUCACUAAUUAUUUUUCCUCUAACUAAUUUUAGUGUUAUCUCUAUAUCUUCGAUUGUAGGCAGAGCGAAGAAUGUAUUGGUUUUAUAAUGAUGUUUAAUUAUUAUUAUAUUUUUCUGUGAACAAAUUUUUUACCAGAAAUUUUGCUUUAAUUUUAAAGUGUAGCACUAUUUUUAAAAGGAAAUCUGCCUGAGGUGUUAUUUUACAGAGAUUAUUGUUCAAUUUUCCCAAAAGUGGGAAGAAAUGUAGAAAAAAUUGAUGAAAUUUAUUAUUUUCAAAUCUUAAAUAUUAAAUCAUUCAAAACAUGUAUAAACGAAGUUCGUUUUUUGUUCAAUCAUUUAUCAUUGCAUACAAAUUUACAUUAAAUUUCCUAUUUACCUUCUCAACUUUUCACCUACAAUAGUUGCUUACCCAUCGUACAAAGUAUGUCGGUUUGUUUUUGAAAUUUAUUUAACAUAAAAACAAAAAAAAGAUAAAUAGAAACCAUGUUUUGUGGAAAUCAAUACAGAUUGUUUAAGUUAGUUGCAAUUAUUUAAGUGAGUUCAUUCUUAGUUCUAAUUUAAUAUAAAAGAAGUUUGUAUUUACCUAUUUUCCAAUUCUAUUUCAUGAGGAAUGUACCUUUUUUCUAUUUUCAGGUCACAUAUAAAUAUUUGUCACAAAAAUUGGCUAUUCAUCCAAAUAAAGCAAAACAGUGAGUUAAUAUUCUUUUUAAAAAACUUUAUUUUGUUUUAUAUAUGACCUGAGAGGGUUUAUUAUUAUCAAGGCUCAGAUUUUAUAGCACUAAAAAUCUAAAAUAUUUCAAAUAUGCAAAAAAUAGUAAAAAUUAAAUUUCAUAUUUAGAGUACCUAGCACAUAAAACAAAUGUAAAGCUCACUCUGAUAUUUUUAUCUGUAUCCUAUAAUAAUUAGCAAGUUCUAUAAAAUCUGAGCCCUGAUUAUUAUAUUAUUUUUCAUAUUUUAAUAUAGUAAAUCUUUAUGAUCAUUGUUAAUUUAUUAAUUUCUUCAACCAAAUCAAUUUUAUUUUAUAACUACCAUAUUUUAUUUCUUUUCUCUUCUAAAAUUUGUUCAGAGAUUAUAUCUUCCAUUCCUAAAAUUGGUGUUAAUUUUAUUUACGAUUUUCUACUCUCCUCAUAAGCACAUCUUACAUUUGUGACUUUUCUUAUGUUGUAUUUAAAUUACAAUGGUUAAACAAGCGUAAAAAAAAAAUUGUUUGCCUUUAAAAUUUCUUUUGGGUUAAUCUCUAAUAGUAAAAACAAUUAAAUUUAUUAAUACCUAUAUUAUUGUUUUAUUAAUUUUUGUUUAGAUUAUUAAAAGAUUAUGCUUGCAAACUCACAGAUGAUAAAAAUUAUUCUGUCAGUAUUAUUAUUGGAGGUAUACUUAAGGAAACUGAUGAGUUUUGCAUUGUAUUGGCAAAUGAUGAUCAUGCCAAAACUGUACGCCGUCGGUUCAAAAAAAUUAAUUUUGAGCAUUUAUAUAGUAUUCAGCCCAUUAGCAGGCUUAGUGAUAUCAAUAAUGCUUUAUAUUUAGUGGAUAGUUCAGAAAAUAACUUUGUUAACUUACCAUCAAGUAUCAAAAAAACAGAAAAGGGAAUUAUGUCAAUUCCUGUAAAAAGUGUUGAAACUGCAAUGGAAAUUGAUGUACCCUUGGGUAAAGAAACAAACUCAACAUCAAAUACAGUUUCUAACUAUAGUAAACAAAUAGUUUCAAAACAGUCAGUUAAAACUGAAUUAGACAAAACACAGAAAAACGUAAUUUUAAUAUUUAAUUUACUUAUAAUUUCUCCUUCAUAUUUGAACUUUUAGGUAACUGGAAAUAAAGUUCAAAAUAAUGAAAAAAUUGUCUUGUAUCUAAAACAUUAAUUUGGAUACCUACCCAGAAAAAUAAUACGAGAUCAGAUUUUCCAUUUUUCAACUGCUUUUCAGUAACUCUCAAUACUUUUAAAAGCUACAGUAUAUGGUGUAUUUAUUAGUUUUUUUUAUCAACCUGUAUUUUGGUAUACUACUUUAAUUUUCUAUUCUGAUCAAUUGUUCACCUUUUCUUUAUAUUCCUUAAAGGUUCUGACUCUUGUAUCCCUUUUAAUUUGCCCGGCAUAAGAUUUCCGGACACAUACAACCAUUGUUUAACACUUUGCUUUGAUUAUAUCCAUUUAUGUAUGUUUUUCUUUUAUUGUACAGCACUGCCCUUUUAUAGUAUGUAUGAAUAAUUUCAAAAGUAAUUCUAACCUACAGACUAGAUAUGUUCUAGUUGACUAAAUAGAAAAUUUCUUUAGUAUUUUUCAAUAUUUUGAUCUUUUUUCCAUUAUCUAAGUUAGAAUUCAAUCUAACUUCUUUUAAUUUAAAAAAAAAAUAAUUGUUAUUAAAUAUUUAUUAUUUCUAUUUAGAAUAAUAAAUUAGAAUCUUUUGUUGAGAAAAAUGAAAACAAUAAAACAAAGCCCGAAGAAAUAGAAAAGAAAGUUAUUCCAAAAAAAGUAAAAGUUUAUUGGUAAUACUAUUAUUAAUUCAAUUUAUUUAAAAAAAAAAAAAUAAUAAUAUUUCAGAUUAAUUCAGAUUUCUUUACAAAAUUCAAAAAGUCCAAUAAUUUGGAUAAUACUAAAGCUGAUAUUAAAGAAAAAGUUUCCACAGAAAAUGUUAUAAUAGACCAAAUAAAAGAUGAAGAUGUUGAAGUUUCAAAGCCAAAGAAAAAUAACCCUCAAGAAAAUUUAAACAGUAAAAAUGAAGUAAAAACUAAAAAAAAAUCAUUAAAAAAAAAGAACGAUGAAAAAAAAAGCAAUACAAAGGUUAAAAGAAAACGUAUUCAAACUUUUGAUAGUUCGGAUGAAGAAAUAGAUAGUGAAGAAGAAGGUGUGUGUACAAAUUUGUUUUGAUUUGUAUUAACUAUUUUUAAGUCGUUUUUUUUUUUAGAUAAAAAAAGAUCUGAAACUAUUAUGGAUGUCGAAGAAGAAGUUGAUUUUGUACAACCUACUCCACCACGCCCAACAAUAAGAGAGAAUAAGAAAAAAGAGAAACAAAUGACCACUUCUACAUUUAUAGAUGAUGAUGGAUUUGUUUGUAAGAAAAUAUUUUUAUACUUGUAGUUUUAUAAAAUUUAAAUGUCAAUGAAAUCUUAAAUAAAUAAUUAUUUUGUAAAUAAAAUUAAUUUAUGUAUUUAUUUAUCUUUUCUAGGUACCACUAAAGAAGUAAAACUCGUGGAAAUAGAAUGUGAACCAUCAGAGUCUGUUGGAAAUGUUGAAAAUUUAGUAGCUAAUGAAUUAGAUACUGAACCAAUCAACAAAAAACCCAAACCUUGUGAAUCAGAUAUUAAUAUUCAAAAAGAAAAGAAUAAAGUCAAAAAUAAACCUUCAAAAAAUAAUAAAUCCACUCAGGGCAUGAAACAAUCAUCAUUAACUAGUUUUUUUAAAACAAAAUAAUAAUCUAUUAUUAAAAAUUUUAAAAAUACAUACAUUUUAACAUUUAAUAUAUAAAUAUUUUUUGUAUGAACCACCAGUAUAAUAAUUUAUAUUAGGUAUACAUUUAUAAGUUUAAUGUAUUUAGUAUAUAUUUGUGUGAUCUAAUAACAAUAUUUUUUCCACGUCAAGUUUAAUUACAACCCUUCAAGGUUGAUAUUGUAUUGAUAGGCCAUUUGAAAUAGUGUUUUUAGAGAAGGCAUGAAUGUAGAUAUUUUAGAAAAUUCUGGCCCCGAAACCAGUUGUGUAUGUAUAUUAAAUGCACCAUUGUAAUCUCGCUUUAGCACGAGAUCGAUCAUUGUGUGUAGACAUUGAAUUAAAUAUGAAGAUAACUG